AUGAAUUUCUUGAGAAAGCACGGCUUGGCUCUAUCCAUGAGCCACGCGCACAUUGCAAUGGAUGGUUACUCAACUUUUACUGUUAUCAACGAGUGGUCCAAAGUGUGUAGACUUGAGAUUCCUGUAGAGAAGAUUGAUUUCAUGAGCUUUAAUUUGGUUGAUGUUUUCCCAUCGAGAGAUUUAUCGAAGCUUCUCUUGCCUCGUGUUCCUCUAGAAGAUCGUGUGGAGUCUAAAUUAGUAGCCAAAAGGCUAUACAUCAACGAAGAUUCCAUUUCAAGGCUAAGAAAAGAAGUCGGUGGAGACUUAUGCACCUUUAAGCCGUCAAGAGUUGAAAUGAUAAUGGCCCUCCUAUGGAGGGUUUUAAUUCGUGCUUCAGAAAAGAAGCACGGAUAUCUAAGACGUUCUCUAAUGAACAUCCCAAUAAACUUGCGCACUAGGUUAAUUUCUUUACCUCAAGUAGAAAAAUCUUUUGGGAAUCUUGGAGUUGACGCCCCUUUAAAAUUCAUACCUGGGGAAAACAAGAUGGAGUUGCACAAAUUCGUGACAUUAAGUCAUGACACUGUGAAGGAAACUAUUAUUACUUGUGACAAGACUUCACCAGAGGAAAUAGUGUCCGCGGUGUCAAGUCUAUAUAAUGAAAGUUUUCUAGCACAAGAUUGGGGAGGAAGUGAUGAAGUUGAUAGGUACACAAGUUCAAGUUUAUGUAAAUUUCCUAUACAAGAAGCUGAUUUUGGUUGGGGAAAGCCAUGUUUGAUGCAUUUUGGGUCAAGACAUGAUCAAGUUUGCUGGUUGUAUGAUGCAGAAUGUGGCAAUGGGAUUUGUGUGCAAGUGGAUUUGAAGGAAGACUAUAUGCAUCUAUUUGAAUGUGACAAUGAUAUCAAGGAUUUCUUUCAGUUUUAGAGUUUAGGUCUCUAAGGUUUGGCAAUUUUUAUUUACUUUUUUGUUAUUGUUGUUGUUGUCAUUUUGGAUUUGGUAAUAUAAUAAAGUUGCAUUUGUUAUCUUGUUACAACUUAA